CCCAGUUAGUGUUGUAACAGCCCCUAACAGACUUCGACUCGUUCCUAUUUCUUCCCGCACGCCGCUGCCAAGAGACGCCGCUGUCUGCGCCACCUCCCCGCGGUCGUCCACGACCGGGCGCCACGAAUCGGAGUCCUCCGAUCUACAGAGCCACCCGACUUCCUGCCACCCUUCCGCCUAACGAAGCCACCGACCUGGUCGCCUUCGUAUACCAGCAACACCGCUCACUUCGUCGCCACAGUUUAUUCCUUCCCUGCAAGCACCGGCAACCAGCACAGACGGGCUGCCGCCUCCUUCAACCUCCCGCGAUACAUCAACACGGACACCUGGCAGCCGAUCAACGACGCCCGGCACACCUCCCGGACGUUAAUCGCCUCCCUGGAGACACUGGAUCGACAAACCUUAACAACAUAAUAUAAUAGACUCGCAUUACCCUGAUGGCACAGGAAACUGGACAUUCCCUAGCUGAACUGAGAUUUAUGGAGCUUGCCCUUGAGCAGGCUAGGCUUGCACUGGAAAAGCUAGAAGUUCCAGUUGGGUGUGUUGUAGUGAAGGAUGGAGAAGUUAUCUCUUCAGGUAGCAACCAUACCUCUGCAACAAGGAAUGCUACUAGACAUGCAGAAAUGGAAGCUAUCGAUACUUUGCUUGAAGAGUGGCAAAAGAUUGGUUUUAAUCAAUUGGAAGUUGCAAAUAGAUUGUCGGAAUGCGAUCUUUAUGUUACCUGUGAACCAUGCAUCAUGUGUGCAACAGCCUUGUCCAUUCUUGGCAUAAGGAAAGUAUUUUAUGGCUGUGCUAAUGACAAGUUCGGAGGCUGUGGAUCUAUUUUAUCCCUUCAUGAGAUCACUAAGAAAUUGCCAAGAGGUGCUUUACCGGCCAAGGGCUUUGAAUGUAAAGGAGGAGUUAUGGCAGAUGAGGCUGUUGCUCUUUUUAGAUGUUUCUAUGAACAAGGAAAUCCAAAUGCUCCAAAACCUCAUCGACCAGUUCGCAUCUGUCCAUCCACUGGAUAAAUUUCUUUUUCAUCUCAUCAAAAUUAAUUCAACUCCAUCUAUACGGUUGGUGGUUUGUUGAGGCAACAGACACUCCUUUAUAUUAUUUGGUAUCCACCUUUA